AUGUUAGAAGAAGGUCAAUUAAGAUUAUUAGAUACUGAUACUUCUAUUGUUGUUCCUGUUGAUACUCAUGUUAGAUUUAUUGUUACUGCUAAUGAUGUUUUACACUCAUUUACUGUUCCUUCAUUAGGUAUUAAAAUAGAUGCUACUCCUGGUCGUUUAAACCAAGUUAGUGCUUUAAUACAAAGAACUGGAGUUUAUUAUGGUCAAUGUAGUGAGUUAUGUGGAGUUAACCAUGCUUUAAUGCCUAUUAAAGUUGAUAUAAGUUUAUAUAGCUUAAUGGUAAAGCAGUGUACUGUUAAUACAUCGAUUUUGGUUCAAUUCCAAAUUUAA